CGUUUUCAAGAGAGAUGGGUAAGGAUCUUUUUCUGGACGCGUCUCAUGCGUGUUCAUGGCCAUCGAUAUCACAGGCGGAAGGAGAAAGUGCAGUUCGACAAGAUUACUGCUAGAAUCAACAAGCUUUGUUACGGGCUUGACUCCGAUUAUGUCGAUCCCAUCGAGGUUGCUAAGAAAGUGAUCGCUGGCGUAUAUCACGGCGUCACCACCGUCGAGUUAGAUAACCUUGCUGCUGAAACCGCAGCCUGUCUAACGACGAAACACCCUGAUUAUGCCGUGCUUGCCGCGCGUAUCGCCAUUUCUAAUCUCCAUAAGGAGACAAAAAAGAAUUUCUCUGCAGUGAUGAAAGAUCUCUAUGAAUACGUAAACCCAAAAACUAACAGUCCAGCCGGUUUGAUAUCGGACACGACAUACGGUGUUAUUAAACAACAUGCCAAUCUUCUUGAUUCAGCCAUCAUCUAUGACCGCGACUUCAACUACAACUACUUCGGUUUCAAGACCCUCGAGAGGUCAUAUCUCCUUCGCCUAAAUGGUCGUGUUGCCGAGCGACCACAGCACAUGAUCAUGCGUGUUGCAGUUGGGAUUCAUGGCGAAGAUAUCGAACGCGUUCUUGAGACUUACAACUUGAUGUCCGAGCGUUACUUUACCCACGCAUCUCCUACACUUUUUAACGCAGGCACCCCUCGCCCACAGCUCAGUUCAUGCUUCCUUGUCUGUAUGAAAGAGGACUCCAUCGAAGGUAUAUAUGACACUCUGAAGAACUGUGCCAUGAUUAGCAAGACUGCUGGUGGUAUCGGAUUGAGCAUUAAUUGUAUUCGAGCAACUGGGACCUACAUUGCUGGCACUAAUGGCUACUCGAAUGGCAUCGUUCCAAUGCUACGUGCCUAUGAUGCCACGGCACGCUAUGUUGACCAGGGAGGUAACAAGCGCCCGGGUGCUUUUGCCAUAUACCUUGAACCAUGGCACAACGAUGUAUUUGAUUUUAUCGAUCUGCGAAAGAACCAUGGAAAGGAGGAAGCCCGUGCUCGAGAUCUCUUCUAUGCUCUCUGGAUUCCUGAUCUAUUCAUGAAGCGCGUGGAGGCUAACGGAGAUUGGUCAUUGUUCUGUCCUCAUGAGGCACCAGGCCUACAUGAGUGCUGGGGCGAAGAGUUCGAGGCAUUAUAUGAGAAGUACGAAAGGGAGGGUCGCGCGCGACGUGCCAUUCCUGCACAGAAGUUGUGGUAUGCAAUCUUAGAAGCGCAAGUUGAAACAGGCGGUCCUUUCAUGGUCUAUAAGGACGCCGCCAACAGAAAAUCCAACCAGAAAAACCUUGGAACCAUCAAGUCGUCCAAUCUCUGCACUGAAAUCAUCGAAUACUCUUCACCGGACGAGAUCGCUGUCUGCAACCUCGCAUCUCUAGCACUGCCAACAUUCAUUUCGAGUGGUAAAUACGAUUUCCAAAAGCUUCACGACGUGACCAAGGUCGUCACCCGUAAUCUCAACCGUAUCAUUGACACCAACUACUAUCCCGUUCCCGAGGCUCGUAGAUCUAACAUGCGACACCGUCCGAUUGGUAUUGGUGUGCAGGGUCUUGCGGAUGCUUUCAUGAUCCUGCGCCUGCCGUUUGACUCGCCUGAAGCGAGGGAACUUAACCUCCAGAUCUUCGAGACGAUCUAUCACGGUGCUCUUGAGGCAAGCUGUGAAUUGUCCGUCCAGGAGGGCACGUACGAGACGUACCGUGGCAGUCCUGCAGACCAAGGAAUUCUUCAGUUCGAUAUGUGGGGUGUUGCGCCCACCGACCUUUGGGACUGGUCAUCCCUCAAGGAGAAGAUUGCUCAGUGUGGAUUGAGGAAUUCUCUGCUCCUUGCACCCAUGCCUACUGCCUCGACCAGUCAGAUUCUUGGCUUUAAUGAAUGCUUCGAGCCCUACACAAGCAACAUUUACACUCGUCGCGUGUUGGCUGGUGAAUUCCAGGUUGUCUGCCCGUGGCUUUUGAGGGACCUCGUUGAACGUGGUUUAUGGAACGAUGAGAUGAAGAACAUGAUCAUUGCCCACAACGGUUCCGUAGCCAACAUCCCUACUAUCCCUGACGACAUCAAGGCCAUUUACAAAACUGUCUGGGAAAUCAGCCAGAAGAAAAUCAUCGAUAUGGCGGCUGACAGAGGCGCAUUCAUCUGCCAGAGUCAGAGUCUCAACAUCCACUUGCAGGCACCCACGAUGGGCCAGUUGACGAGCAUGCACUUCUAUGGCUGGAAAAAGGGUCUUAAGACUGGCAUGUACUACCUCCGCACCCGCCCUGCUGCGCAAGCGAUCCAGUUUACUGUCGACCAAAGUAUUUUGAAGGUCGCAAGGACUCAAGAUGCUGACAGCAGGAGCCGAUCUGCUGCCGCGUCUUCUACACCUGCACCUGUUCGUCCCUCAGCUCUCGCACCAGUGCAGCCACCCGCCGCAGCGCCGUCUUCGAGUGAGAAUGGCGCCGCGUCGAGCUCAUCGUCUACUGCGCCUUCCGCGUCUAGUUCGAAUAGCAACGGGGAGGUUGACCCGGAAUAUGCUGCAGCUCUGCAGCGUCAGAAGGAUCGUGAGCUUGCAGAGGGCCAGCUUAUGUGCUCAUUGGAGAACAAGGAGGCUUGCCUGAUGUGCUCGGGCUGAAGGAUCUGUGAAACAACGCCUUCAAAAUGUCUGUUAUGUAUAUGCUCCAUUUUUUGUGUUGUAGCUGUCUCAUGAUACCAGCGCGUCCCUGUCUGUCCCCAUGCCUUGUAGUACCAUGCAUCUGUUGUUGUAUGUCCACAGAAUGAAUUGAAUCAUAAUAUUUACCUACAUGGUCUCCAGAACCAGUAGUUGUCGAGCUAGGUGAUCAAGGUAUACAGAAACUGUUUGGGA